AUGAUGUUCAAGACCGCCACCCUCAUCACCCUCGCUACCUUCACCACCCUUGCGAUCGCCACCCCCUGGAACACCCCGACAACCUCCGCGACAUCGACGGUCACGGUCACGGUCACCGAGACCGCGAAGGGGCCCGAGCCCACCAGCUCCUGCACGAUCGGGCCCAUCCAGUGCUGCCAGUCGACCACGGCCGCUACCUCGCCUGCAGGCACUGCCCUGCUUGGGCUCCUCGGCAUCGUCGUCGAGGGCGUCGACGUCCUCCUCGGCCUCAACUGCUCUCCCAUCACCGUCAUCGGCGUCGGUUCCGGGAGCUCGUGCAGCGCGACGACGGUGUGCUGCGAGAACAACAGCCAAGGCGGACUCGUCUCCAUUGGCUGUGUGCCCAUCAUCCUCUAG